UAAUAGACCGAACAUCUUUAAGAAAGCCCAGGCGAAGAAGAACGUGUUUUCGCUGCAAAGUUGGACAAAUUUUUUUCACGGUGUUGUUUUCUUGACUGAAGUUACGAGAAUAGAUGUCUUGGCAGGUCGCAUGAGUAUACGACGCCGUGGUGACUGAAUAAAACCAGUGAAACGCAUGUUAUUGACUACGCCUGCGCACUUGAAACAGAAAUAUCGAGCCGCCCUUCCUCUCCGCCAACUCGCACCGCAGGGUCGGGCGGACGUCGACUCACAACAACCCCGAGUUGAUUUGCUUAUCUGAUUGAAUACUUUCCUAUACAAAAUGGAGAGUCUACAUGGCAUUGAAAACGAGUCACCUCUUCUGUUGCCGUCUCUGCGCCUCUUCAUACCCCCCCUGCGCCUGGUGUCUGCAGCCAUGUGGCAGGUCGUCCACAGCGGCAGUGUGGAGGACUAUGGGUUGGUGGAGGAGUUCAUCAGCACAGUUACAGAAAUUGUGCCUGAACUAUUGAAUGCAGAUCAGAAGGCUCAGCUCCUCUUGGCACUCAGAUCACGGGUGGUUCUUGAAUUAUGCCGAACUGAGCAGAUAACGGAUACAGAAACCAUCGAGAUGCACCUGGAACGGAUCAAAGCCCUGGUAUCCACUUGGGCAGCGCAGCCAUGUUUUGCAGAUGUUGAGUUCCCUGAAUCAGACUUUGUGGAUCAAGUUGAACUUCUGUUGAAAGACCCUGAAGAAAAGGAGAAGUUUUUCCAGGAUGUUUUCCCGACGGAUUUUGGGCCAGAAUAUGACAGCGCUCUACAGGUGCUAAUGCUGGACUUCCUGUCCAGACUGGAGAAGCUUCUUCCGAUACCAGACAUCCAGCAGACGGCAUCUAUGCUCAGUGCUGUUCCAUCUGCCCUCGAGGAGUGUGUGCACUCAGUUCCUGACCCACAGCACCUGAAGACUGUGCUCCUACACCACACCACACUGGGACAUUUUGAUUUAUCUGAUGACACUCAGACCAUUCCUUCUUCCAUUGGGAACUGCAUCCUGUCGUCACUGUCCCUCCCUCAGCUGGAGAAGGUUGUAAUCGAUGCCGACCAAAUACACUUAAAACCUCCAUCAGAGCAGCUGGAGGGUUGCAUGACUGUCCAAAUGGAGGGUGAAACUGUGACACUCUUGGACUACAUUCAGAUUGAACCGGCGUCGGGUUUGGUUGAGCCUGAUGAUCAGGAUGAAAAUGCAGUAAAUGUGGAGGAAACUGCUGGAGAUGCAGCAAAUGAGGACAUCGGCAGCACCUUAAAGCCAGCAGCUUUUCAACCACUGAAACAAAGCAAAAGGCUCCAGUUAAAGAGAAAAACUUUAAAAGAAAAUGACUUAACUGCUGCCAAGAGGCAAAGAAAGAAAUACCCCAACAAUAAGACAUGUCCUGUGUGCAGUAAGACUUUCCUGCGAGCUGCGGCCAUGAGACGACACCAGGAAAUCCACUCUGUAAAUCGGGAUCUCAGGUACAAGUGUGACAACUGUGACAAACGAUUCAGGGACCAUUAUGACAUGAACAGACACAACAUGCGCGUUCAUGAAAAGGAAGAGAUGAGUGGCAACACUACAGAGGGGGACCCAGGAGAUCCUAGCACAUCACAGCUGUCAGAAAACAAAAACUGCACUCUGUGUGGGAAGUUUUUUGCCCGCCAAGUAGACAUGGAGCGACACAUGAAGUCCCACUCAGAGGACCGCCCCUAUCAAUGUUCUUUCUGUGAGAAGAAAUUCAAGAAUCCUUAUGUUUUAAAGAGACAUCAGAAGGAAAUUUGUAAGAGCAAAGAGCUGAGAAAGCCUAAGAGGAGAGAGAGGCAGCGAUCAAAUCCACAGCCUCCUUCAGAGGGGUUGACAGAGGGUAAAAUCUGUCCCAUCUGCAGCAGGGUCUUACCUUGCACCGCAGACAUCGCAAAACACUUAAGAUCUCACUCAGAGGACCGUCCUUUUAUUUGUGUCACUUGUGAGAAGUGCUUCAAGUACAAGGAUACAUUGAAGAAGCAUCAGAUUAUUCAUGGUCACGAGGGAAUCAGAGAGGAACAGACCAAGACUGUGGAACAGAUCUUGGCUGAAGCGGACACUCAGAAUUGUGGCGAUACUAGUGGCCCUGAUAAACCAGGAGGUAAUCCUGAUGCACCUGCAGACGCUUCUAGGGAGCCCCCAUCUGCACCUGUGCAAAAAGUCAGCAAAAAAGCACUAAAAGUGUGUCCUGUCUGCUCAAGGGCAUUCGACAGUGUCAAAACACUGAACAGGCACGUACAGUGUCACACAGAUGAUCGGCCCUAUCAUUGCGUCCACUGCAAGAAGCGUUUUAAACACAUGCACGGGCUGAAGAGACACCAGAUUUAUGCCAUCUGUCACAAGAAAAUCACCACAUUCUUAUGGAAAAAGAUGCCAAGAGCAGGGCCCAGCCAUAGUGAGGUACUCGGUACUGACCCCCAACAGGGGCCGCUGCUGAAGAUACCUGUGUGGUGUUCAAACUGUGGCAAACACUUCGAAUACCUGUCCGCACUGAAGGAGCACCAGGAAAACAUGUGCAAAGUGGAAGUGAGGGAGAUUAUGAACUUGCGGGAAGAUACUCAACAACGGGCCUGCUUUCGAGAGGCACAAACUGAUGCACAGGCCAAUGCAGUGCACAAUUGUGACAAAACCUUCAUCCAGCUGUCCUACCUCGCCAUCCACCAGAGGAUCCACAAAGGAGAGUUCCCGUACAUUUGUAGCAUGUGUCCAGAGAAGUUCAGGUCUUCCAACUGCCUGACAGUUCAUCAGAGGAAACACACUGGGGAGAAGCCCUUUUUGUGCUGGCAGUGUGGAAAGUGUUACCGCUCGGCCUCGGAGCUCACAGUCCACAUGGGAACCCACUCGGAGGAAAGACCGUGGGCCUGCACACAGUGCGACAUGGCUUACCGCACAAAGCUGCAGCUGACGAACCACAUCGAGCAGAUCCACAUCGGCGUCAGGUAUCCCUGCAACAUCUGUGGGAAGCCAUUCAUGAAGGAGACAUCCCUGAAGAGACACGAGCUGAUCCACACCGGAGAGAGACCUCACCAGUGCACAGUGUGCGGUAAGACCUUCCUGACAGCCAAUGAGCUCAGACUACACACCAGGUACCACACUGGGGAGCGCCCCUACAAGUGUGAAGUGUGUGGCAAAGCCUUCAUCCAGUCAGGAUAUUUGAAGUCACACAUGCGCAUCCACACAGGAGAGAAGCCAUUUAAAUGUGACAUAUGUGACAAAGGCUUCAGGUUGUCGUAUCACAUGAAGAAACACAGGCGGACCCAUGCCGGGAAGACAAAGAGCUACAUAUGUGAGGAGUGUGGAUUAGCAUUCCUCCAGAAGAAAUCCCUCUGGGAGCACUCGCUCACUCACGAUGUGAAAAUCAAACCUUCAUUUACUGAAGUGAAGAUUGAAUUUCAGUAG